AUGCCGCCGCCGCCGCCGCGGUCUCUCCGUCACCAAGUGAUAGCCAUAUACAAAGAACUGCUGUACCUAGGGCGCGAGUAUCCGCUCGGGUACGGCUACUUUCGGCCGCGCCUGCACAAGGCCUUCAAGGCCAAGGCCGGGGAGCGCGACGCCGACAAGAUUCGGCAGGGGCUCCGACAGGCUGAAUAUGUCAAAAAAGGCACUAGAAAUUGA